AUGCAAACUGCCGCCACCAUUGCUGGCGGUCUUGCCACAGCAGCUUAUCUCGAUGCCAAAUACCUGAUCCGCAACGACUUGAAGACAGGCUCAGCUUCACUCAAUCUGCGCAAAUCUGGCGACUUUGUGGCUCAGGAGUUCUCCCAAGGCCGAGGACUUAUCUACCACUACUUUGAAGCACAUGCCCUGGGCGCCAAUAGCAACAAUAUCUUCCUCAUCUUCGAAGGCCGCGAGUGGACGUACAAGCAAUUCUACGACGAAGUCCAACUCGUCGGCAACUGGCUGCUCAACGACCUCGGCAUCCAAAAAGGCGAGAUUGUUGCCGUCGAUGGUCCCAACAGCCCCCAAUACGUCAUGUUCAUCCUCGCACUAAGCAGCAUUGGCGCCGCCGCCUCCUACAUCAACAGCAACCUCACCGCCACGCCGCUGCCGACCUCACCACCCAUAACACCACUACCCCGAUCCCCUCCCAUCUCCAUUCCUCCAUCGCCCCCACCGCCAUCGCCCUGCCUAAUCUACACCUCCGGCACCACCGGCCUCCCCAAAGCCGUCAAGCUGCCCUACGCGCGCGAACUCGCCUCCGCCUCCAGCGUCUCCAACUACCUCCACCUCCGGCCCGGUGUCCGCAUGUACACGUGCCUCCCCCUCUACCACGUCUCCGGCCACAAUCUCUGCACCAUCCCCUCCAUCUACGCCGGGUCCACCGUCGUGCUGUCGCCCAAGUUCAGCCACGCCACCUUCUGGCCGGAGAUACGCUCAAGCAAAGCGCAGAUCGUGCAGCAUGUCGGCGAGUUGAUUCGGUAUGUGCUCAACGCCCCACCGAGCCCGCGGGAUAGAGAGCACAACGUGCAGAUGGUGUGGGGCAAUGGGAUUCGGCCGGACGUGUGGGAGCCUUCCGGCAGCGGUUCGGGGUCGAGUAUAUUGAGGGGGAAGGAUGGGUGGGGCGUGGAGGCGAGGGAUGGGGAGGUGGGGGAGACGGUGUAUAGGGUUGAGAAGGCGAUGGAGGGGCAGGCCUUUGCGAAGUAUUUUGGGAAUGAGGAGGCGGGGUUGAAGAGGCGGGUGAGGGGGCUGUUUGAGGAGGGGGAUUGUUGGUUUAGGUCUGGAGAUUUGAUGAGGCAGGAUGAGGAGGGGAGGUUGUUCUUUGUAGACAGGCUGGGCGAUACGUUUAGAUGGAGGAGUGAGAAUAUUCGAGCAGAUCGCAGAGGCCAAUGUAUACGGAGUCAUGGUCCCAAACGCGGAUGGACGGGCGGGCUGCGCAGCGUGGUGCCGGCAGAUGGUGCGGUCCUAGACAUGAAGGCGCUAGCAAAGCACGCUUUGGAAAAUCUGCCCAGGUAUGCGGUGCCGCUGUUUCUGCGAAUAAUGAAAGAGAUGGAAUACACGGGUACAAAUAAGAUGCAGAAGGGACGGCUGAAAGCAGAGGGCAUCGACGUCGCUAAGAUACACGCUGGUGAGACGACGGAUCUGUUAUAUUGGUUGCCACCAGGUCGAGACGAGUACAUGCCCUAUGGAUCUAGGGACUGGGAAAGUAUACAGAGCGGGAAGGUCAAACUGUAA